AUGCCAAUCCGUCUUCUCAACACAACGAGCGAGAACAAUUACUUCAGAAAAUCAAUCACACCCCAUUCAUUUGUCCUUCUUGAUGAGAUGCAACCGAAUCUCGGGCUUCAAGUCACCCUGGCAUCCCAAUUGCCGAUUCUCCAAGAACAAUCUUCUUUUACAGUUCCAGUCAAGGUUUCUAUCUAUAACACUGGGAGUGACCCUGUGACAUUUCUGAAAUGGGGAACUCCGUUUGAUGCCAAUGCCGCAGUCUCGGGAGUCUUUGAAGUCUGUGAUACAGCUGACGGGACGGUUCUCCCCUUGGAUGUGCUCAAAAUGUCCCGAAAACUUCCGGCUUCUGCAGAAGACUUGAUUGAGGUUGCUGGAGGCCAAGUCCUGGAUAAUAUGGUCGAGCUACCUGGGAUACAUUUCCAAGAGGGCCAUGACUACUCUAUUGUUACAAAGGGCAUCUGGCAUGCUCUUUGGAAGGAGCCACUGGCAGGCGUGACGGAGUCCCAAUUAGCGGACCUCUCAGGGGCAGACCGCGGGGAGUUUCAGUCAAAUGUUGCACUUGUGAAGAUUGGAUAA